CCCAUUCAAUGAUCGGUGGCUCUGACGUAGCAAGCGGGGGUUGGCUCUUCCGAGUGUCUGAAAGAGAUCCUUCCAAGUCCGGAUCGAAGCUCCGCCCACGAAGUUACUCCUGACUAUCAACUGUUCAUGUGAACACUCGCUUGUGCAGAAGGUUCCAUCUUGGCUUUCUUUCUGGGUCCUGCCCUUCUAUGCCACCUUUGUUUAUUAUCUCUCCAAAGACAGGUUCUAAGUCUUCUGGGGAAAAUCUGGCACUUUGGGGGCAAUUAUAGAGCAUCUGGGCACUGUGGAGUUUGCAUUAAUUAGGCUCAAGCAGAAAUGCCACAUACCCCUCGCCAACGGUUGCAGCCUCGAGCUCCGGUUUGGUCAGAGACGGAAACUCGAGACUUCCUUGCCCUCUGGGGUGAACUGCUGAUUUUGAGGUGGAUUGAAAACCGGCCACCAAACAGUGACAUCUAUGAGGAUCUCUCAGCCCAGAUGAUAGCCAGGGGUCACGAGCGCAACGCUUCGCAGUGUAGGAACCGAGCCCGGGAUCUGAAGCGAAGUUAUCGGAGAGCCAAAGAUGCCCAGAUCUGUGCUGGAGCAGAACCCGUGUCUUGCCGUUAUUUCCGAGAGUUGGAUCAGAUGUUUGGAGGUGAAAUGGAUAAUGUCACCAACCGGAGCUUGGUCAGCAUGGAUGGAUCCAUGCGGGUGGUGAUAAAAAGAGAAGAUGCAAAAGACAUGGAGGCCCAGGCCUCUGAGGAAGAGAGCAAUCAAAUGACACCCCCAAACACUCUCUCAAGUAUGGAUGCAGACACAGACACGGAAACCGAACCGAACGUGGGGAUCACACGAGAGUUAGUGACAGUGAUAGAUCCCAAUGUGAUUGAAACCACAAUAGUUGAGGAAGAUCCUGAAGAGAAGGCGGUGCCCUUGUGUGAGCAACCCAUUCCAGGCUGCAGUGAAGAUGGGCACCGCACUGCUAUUGGUAGAGGCAGGCGAGAAAAGUCCUUUGGUCAUCCCCUGACAACAGCAGAAAGGAUGGCAUCUAUGCGGGAGAGGAAGAGGCGAUCUCAUGAGGAGAUGAUGCAUGAGAUCAUGACAGACUACAGGAGAACCUGGGAGACCAUGGAGGCUCUUCACGAGAGGAGUGAAAACAACGCUGGGGACUUCCGUGAAGCAGUGCUGAGGGAAAUGCUUCUGGACAGAGAGGCUCGGACACGGGAGGCCCAUCUAGACCGUGAAUCCCGGACAAGGGAGGCCCAGUUGGAUAGAGAGGCCAGGGCUAGGGACAACCAGCUGGAAAGAGAGAUUAGGAUUAAGGAGCUCAGUAUGAUUGAAGCCGAGCUUCAGCGCACCAGGGACAUCCUCCAUCCGAUGGUUGAUGCUGUGGCAUCUGUGGCAGAGGCCUUGCGUAUGGCUAGCAGGAUAUUGCCGCCGUCACAGCCCGCACAGCAAGCAAGGGGUGGAGUCUUUUUGGAAUCAAAGGAAAUCAAGUAAUUUCUGUCUCUGUUUCAGCUAUAAAACUGUUAUCUUGAACGGGAAAGAAGGAUAGCCAGGACAUGAAGGGAGGGAAAAAAAAAUACCAUAGUGCUUUCUAAAGUGCAAAAAUCAGGGGAUUUUUUUAAAUGGUAUUUUUAUCUUGCCCAGUAAGAGGUUGAGCCAAGUUUAUCCGCUCUCUCAGUUUGCCCAUCCUGUGGAACAGAGAGAUAAUGUACAUCUAGAUGGUUUGGUUUGG